UCUUGGCAAGGUGUUUUAAUAUAAUUGCAAGAGUCCUAAAACAAGGAAGUCGUCUAAUAAUUCUAGUUUUGUCAUACAGAAGAAGUUUUAAAUGUUGUUUAAGUUGGUAUUCGCACUAUUGCUUGUGUUUUGUGCUGAGGCGCAAGAUACUCGACAGAUUUUGUUAACUUUGAGCUCGGUUGGAAAUUCUGAGAAGGGAGCGCAAGGUCCACCUGGUCGUCAAGGUAGAAGAGGACCGCCUGGAUUGAAAGGCUCAACUGGACCUAUCGGCGGACUCGGUCCAAAGGGACAAAAAGGAGAAUGUACUACGAACAGUGCAUACGUUGAUAAUGCUAUACAGGAGAUGGAAAACCGGUUUGGCAGGUUAAAAAAUCAGAUGGAAACCCUUUUUCAAACUGGUGUUAAACAGAUAAAUGGAACAGCUUGGUUUUCUGCUGGAAAUGGUUAUUUAUAUCGAACUUUACCAGCAUCAAACUAUCAAGCUGCUGUACGUUCGUGUGCAGCAAUCGGUGCAAGAUUGGCUGUUUUUGCGCCAAGGAAUACAAACAUAACAAGAAUGAUUAGACAGCAGCUCAGUAUUACAUCGCAAUACAUCUGGAUCGGUCUUAAUGAUAUUGAACGGGAGAAUACUUGGGUUUGGGAAAACGGGGAGCGACUUUUAAGCAGCGAUGCAGAUUGGCACCCUGGGGAGCCGUCACACAGGAAUGGGAAUGUGCUGGAAGAUUGUGGAAUGUUGUUUCAUUCAGGAAAAUGGAAUGAUUCCCCUUGUAAUAGUGUGUAUACACCACUCUGCGAAAUGUCAGUUUUUGAUGCAUAAUGUCGUAAAGGGAUCCUGAAUUAGGCACACCAUUUUAUUAAGCCACACAUAUUAACCAUAAAACAGGAUUAUUACAACAAUAACGGUUUGUUUUGCUUGUGCUUUUACCCUAAAAUUACCCUCUUGCUAUAUAAUAUAAAACUUAGCUUUAUACACUCUAGUAUAAUACGUAAUUUUGGUUUGUUCUGCAUUUUACCUAUCCCCUUUGCGCCGAAUAAACUAUGAUGCUGGCAAUAA